AAUUUUAUUUCCUUUCAUUAUUGAAAUUAUAAAGCUUUAGAAAUUGUGCAACUAAUAUUUAUUUCAUCUUGCAGUGAAGAUUUUUUUGUUAGAAGCUUUAAAAAUGAGAGUGGACGCUUCAAUAUUAACAUUAUGAAUGAUGUAAAGGGAAUGCUAAGUUUGUAUGAGGCAUCAUAUCUUGCUGUUCAAGGAGAGGAUGAUCUAGAUGAUGCUGUGGAAUUUACAACUAAACAUUUAAGUAAUUAUCUUAAGGAACCAUUGCUUAUUAAUCCUCUACUAGUUGAAGAAAUAAGUCAUGCCUUGGAGCUCCCUUUACAUUGGAGAAUGUCAAGGUUGCACACCAUGUGGUUUAUUGAUGCUUAUGAGAGGCAAGAAAACAUGAAUCCCUAUUUACUUGAGUUUGCUAAAUUAGAUUUCAACAUUGUUCAGACUAUCUACAAGAAGGAACUCAAGGAGAUAUCUAGGUGGUGGAGGAGCAUUGGUCUUGUUGGUGAUGACUUCAGUUUUGCAAGAGAUAGGUUGAUGGAGACUUAUUUGUGGUCUGUGGGAUGUGCUUUUGAGCCACGCUUUUGGAGAUGUAGGAAGGAGAUUACCAAACUAGGUUGCCUCAUUACAACAAUUGAUGAUAUUUAUGAUGUGUAUGGUUCAUUAGAAGAACUUGUGUUCUUUACAAAUGUUGUUGAUGAAUGGAAAAUCGCCGAAUCCCAACAUGUUUCAACUUGCAUGAAGACAGUUUUGUUGGCACUUUUCAAUACAGUUAAUGAUAUCGCACGCACCAUUUCAACAGAAAAGGGAAUAGACAUUCUUCCACACCUCAAGCGAUUGUGGGGAGAUCUAUGCAAAUCAUAUUUAAUGGAGGCAAUAUGGUAUUAUAUAGGAUACAUUCCCACGAUAAACGAGUACAUGCAAAAUGCAUGGCUUUCCAUUUCUGCUCCAUUGAUCCUUACUUCAGCAUAUUGCUUAAGUGAAGACUUGACUAUAGAAGCUCUAAAUAGUUUGGAGUUAUAUAUCGAUGCUACUCUUCAUUCAUCUAUGAUCACACGACUUUAUGAUGACUUAGGAACAUCAACAGUUUUGGUUCCUUUAAUCACCCAUCCAAUCUAUGCCCCAUAUCACUUCCCCUCUUCUUGA